CCGGCUCCUCUGCGCUCUAGUCGCAGCCGAGGAGCAAUGGUGUUCGGAGCGUCCGGAGACGUCGGUGUUUCGGAAAUCUCGGAGGAGCGAGUGACAUGCCGGGGAACAUGAGCAAAGAGGAUGCCCCGAGUCGGAGCGCGUUUUUGACGUUCACCAUUGACAACAUCCUCAACUUGAAGCAGCAGGGCAGCGGAGAUUUUGUCGGUUCGAAGGAGCAGAGGGACGGUGGAUGUAAAAAUGAUUUUCACGCGCGGUACGAGGAGGCGUGGGACGUCCGAAGGAGACACGACAGCGGGCCAGAGGAGAUAGUGAAAUCCAGAGUUCAUCGUGCGGAGCUCGGGGAAAACGCGCCGCCGCUGACCGCUGCCUCCUGUCCCGACGCGCAGAGCGCGCACGGCGCCGAGGACGCGUCCGAGCAGCAGGAGCAGAAACAACAACCGACCGGCGCGGACGCCAAAGCCAUGGCCAAGAAGAAAACGCGCACCAUCUUCUCCAAGAGACAGAUAUUCCAGCUGGAGGCCACGUUUGACAUGAAGCGGUAUCUGAGCAGCUCGGAGAGAGCCUGCCUCGCCAGCUCCCUGCAGCUCACCGAGACCCAGGUGAAAAUCUGGUUUCAGAACCGCCGCAACAAGCUGAAGCGGCAGCUCUCCACGGACAUGGAAGGGCCGCUGGCCACCGAGCACUUCUCGGAGGCGGGAAAAAACGUGCAAUUACCGAGUUUUUACAAAGACAGCAGCCUGCUGGGCGGAUGUUUGUUACCAAUGCCUUUCCCCGUCGUCUACCCGACUGCCGCGAACGCUGCGCCUUACAUCUACUUCUCCAACACUGGCAAAUACUUUGGCCUGUUUGAUGCGGACUGAUGAGGUCCGGUGUGUGGGUGCGUGGACACUGGGACAUAAAGAAGUCACCCAAAUCUGGGCAUUAUACUGUACGCCUGACGUUUUUUUUUUUUGUUUUUUUUUUAAUUUUCAAUUUUUUUCCUCAUAUUUAAAGUACUUCUUUGACGCCAACACAGACAAUCCAAGACAUGCAUGUGCCACUUUUUUAUCCUUCCCCAAACAGUUUUACAUUACAGUUUUAUGUUAUUAUUAUUGUUAUUAUUAUUAUUAUUGGGAUUUUUUUCAUAUAAAGUUUGUCCUAAAAUGUGCAUGCAUUGAAAAUCAUCUGAGCAGUUUUACCUUUGAGCAGUAAUGUCAUCUGAGUGAAUGUACGGAAAAUGCUGCAUCAGCUUUCUUACCCUGCAAUCAUAAUCAUUUCAGUCUGUAUGUGUGUGUGUGUUCAUACUUUUCUGUGCAGGAACACUUAUUUAUAUAUGCCUUAUUAUUAUUAUUAUUAUUAUUAUUAUUAUUGUUGUUGUUGUUUCUUUUCUCGUCCAUUUUCACCUGACCUUCUCAGAAGACUGUUAAAACUGUGAAUACAGUUGUAUCAUGACGAUGAUGAAUUUUGCAAUAAUAAGUGUAAUAUUUCCAAUUUUUAAAA